CUGCGAUGAAGCCGCCAGUCUACGCUCAGCUAUUUGGGAGAGUGGAGGCAGACCCUUGCCAGCUGAAGCUUCUGGGAUUACUAUUCGAUACGCAUUGAACUUCUUAAGACUUCAAGCUGAAGCAAAAGUGUGACCCGCCCACAGUGACCAGAUGCUGCUAAGCCCUAGAAAACAUAUGAAGUAAACAAAAUCCAGAAAUACCGGCGCCAUUAAGAAACUGAAUGGAAAGCGUUUGCAUGACCCAGCAAUGGCCUGCGCUAAUUAUUCACCUGGAAAUAUCUACGAUGCCUUUUAGCGCUAAGGGUGGAAAGUGAGAAAGAACCUCCAACAAUCGCCGUGCCCAAGGCCGACUGAGACUGUAAUCACAGGUGAAGGCAGGUGUAAUGAAGGGGUUCGUAUUUUGUGCACGUGACAAAUCUAAGCGAAAGAGCUGGCAGUUGUUGACAAAUAGCUCACCUGCGGCCAUCUUUAAGGUUUAUUAGCUAAUAGGAUUGUAUUUUUUUUUACGAACGGCAUGUGUUCCGUUGGGCGAUGCAUAGAUUAGAGUUUGCCCUAAUUUCAAAACUAAAAUUAUGGGGUGGAAAUAAUGAAUUUACAGGUAAUUCAGUUUGGAAAUCUAAAACUCAGUAUUUUCUUAUGUUCGAUGGGAAGAAGGGAAAAUUAGAAACCUAAACAUAUUAAGAUUAAAAUGGAAAUAUAGGUCAAACUUACUACUGCGCCCUCAGAAAAGUGGACCUCAUUUGACAACAACCUCCGUGAAUUUAAAUAGUGAAGUGAACACCAUGAAGUAAAAUAUUAUCUAUCAAAAGACGUUUCAUUUUUGCUAAUUAAGUAAAAAAGAGUAUUUUGAAAUUGUUUACAUACGACUGACAAAACAUAUAAUGUAGUUCUUUUCAAUAAUAUUAUUUUUAGUUUGGUAUACAGUCUGUCAAGUGAUUACUGAUAAGAUUUCAUUUAGUUCACGCUUUGCUUUCCAUAUUGCAAAUGAUAAAUCAUUGCUAAGUGUAGCCCUCCGUAUUUUGAUAAUAGUCAUAUGUGGUGAACUACUGACCGCUAAUCCGAAAACAUGAGAUAUGAGUAUAAAGAAAAAAUAUAUACAAAUCUACUCAUUCUUUCACUCUUUUCUUGAAAGGUUUUAAUUGGCAAGUCUUGUAGAAUGUAUCCUGUUACCUGCCGACUUUUCUUUCUCAUCGAACGGUUAAUUUUGUUUGAUGUAAGAUUCCCUCGAUAUUUUUGUGAAUACCCAUUACUGUAACACUUACUAUGCUUGUAACAAUAUUCCCUUUAAAUAUUUUAUAAUAUGUUCUAUACUGGAAACUGCUGAGUGAUAUAUUAAAUGUAUUCUUGAAACGCAGCUUCGAUUGUCAAUGAGAGAAUAGUUGGCUCCAGAAACAAAGAUUCGUUCAUCAUGAACUACAGUUUUGCUAAGUGCUUGAUGACAUCAGUCAGAUCUACAGACCACAAAUCUGUAGACUGAGUCGGAUUUCUGUUAUAUCUAUAAUGUAAUGACUUAACGACACAGGCGCAGUGACGGCCCGUAUGCGUGUGUGUGUUGUGUGUAAGGGAAUUAAUAUUCAAAUUCUGAAAGUAAGCUUCUAAAGUGUUCUGGUGCAUCUGGAGAAAUGAUUGUGAGAAAAGAAAACUACUCGGUAAACAGAAUCUCAGAAAACAUGGAUCAUCAUCAAUUCUUGGACGGUAACAACAACAACAACAACCCGGGAAAGAAAAGAACGCAUACCAGAAUAUCUGAGAAGUAUGGGCUCCGUCCCCGCUCGGUCACCAACAGAUUCCGCCUCGAAAGGGAACGAGGAAAGUCGCCGAAAAAGGAUCCCUCGAAGGCAGCGAAGGCGAGACCUCCUCCUCUGUCGAAAUACCGCAGGAAGACGGCCAAUGCUCGCGAGAGGCACCGGAUGAGAGAGAUCAACGACGCUUUCGAGUCCCUACGACAGACUCUUCCAGAUUUCUGCAGUCGUAAGGCAGCUACGGCCAUGACGAAAAUCACGACGCUAAGACUGGCCGUUAACUACAUCCGGACGCUGUCUCACAUCCUAGAAGAUGGACAUCCAGGAGACGUCUCCUUCAUUGACAGCCUCCAUAUGGACAUUUCUUUCGGCGAAACUCAGUUCUCCAAACCCACAAUGUCGGAAAGGAAUGAAUUUCAUUGUAAAACCACUACUGGAAUCGAAGAAUCACUGGGGUCUCCGGGUCUCUCAUGCCCCGUCUCGACCAUUUCCUCGAGGUCGUCUUCUCCUGUUCGAGGCUCUCUCAGCAGUGCAGAACUUAAUGACCUGUGCCCUGAGGACGCCUACAUUUUCGAGGACAACCUCGAUGCUUUUAAUGAUAUACCUGCCUUACAAGAAGUCGAUCCUUUGGCCCUACUUCUCUCUUCCGAAGGAGAUGCAUUGCCCUAAGAAACUCAACUUUAAAUCGUCCUCUUAACAUUUUCUUCCACAAUUGUCAAGGAGCAAAAAGCAGUAACUUAAAUAAUUUGAAUAUUCUUAUGUUUCUUUUGAAAACAGCAUUGAUCUGCUGUUUCUUUAGACAAUAUAUUGAUAACAAGACAAUUACCAUUGUAAGGACUGAGUCAGACAAGGAGAGAGCUCUAACUAACUUUAUUCCUGUUGUUGUUGUUUGAGAUUAAGCUGGCCUUGUGCCAGCAAGGGCUCUUGCUCGUAGAGCAGCCCGUAGAACUUUAUUCCGCAGAGAGGCUGUACAUAAGGCAGAGUGCGGACGGAAACGUAGUGUCCGUCACGCAUAAACGAACAGACAUAGACAAAUAGAUACAAAGCCCCUUCUGUGAUUGUUUCUUCACAGCCGAAAAAACAUUUAUUUGGGUGUAAAGGAAACGUAUUCGCAUGAUGUGUACAUUCGCGGAAAGGCCGUGAAUCGCUCUACAUUUUAGCAUAUGAUAAGAAAAUGACAUCUACAGAGAUAAAAAAAGGUAUUUACGAGGAAGGGCGGACAUUUGAUACGAAUGUCGUCCAUACACCAUUAGUGAAGAAUGUAUAAAAAUGGGGAAGCAUUUACUUACUACAGACGAAAGAGUGGGGGUCAGCUAUAAAGGAAUUGAUUGUCGUGUACUCUUAUGCAUAGAGAGCAGGGGCAAAAAUGGAGUUCUAACUUUUGUAAAUGAAGAAAUCCAAUGUUAUCUUACAUAUUAUGUAAGAUUUCCCAGAGGCAAUGCUUGCAUCAGGGGUUACUCACUCCUUGGGUCAGGUUUCGCUCAUUCCUUGAAUUGUAGGAGGUGCCAAAUUCCUUGUGAUUGGUGCUGCGUUACUUAUAAACAGGUUUUCUGUUACCCGUGAAACGCAUUGCAUUCCUGGUAAUAGGGGUCACAAUAACAGUGACCCUUAUGCUUAGUCCUAUGUGUCACAUUCCUCGAGUCAAAAUGUAUCGUUACAUUCCUUAUGUCAAGUGUUACAUUCCAUGAACUAGGUGUCAUAUUCCUUAAGUCAAGUCGAGUGCCACAUUCAUUAUGUCAAUUGUUGUAAUCUUUCAGCUAUAUUUUUUCAGCCAUCCGUCAUUUUUAUAUUUAUGUUAAAAUUUGUUAAUAGUCUGAAAAAGGAGCAGACCGAUUACCCAUGAGG